UCAUUUUGCAUUUCCGGGGAGAGAACUGUAUGUAAACAAUACAGUUCUCUCCCCUGUCAGCUCCUGCAUGUUGCUUUGUAUGGCUGUGCAUAGCACAGCCAUACAAAGCAGUGUGCUUACAGUUGUAAGCACUAACACAGCACACAGUAAAACAGCACACAAUCGCCCCACAUGUUAACCCCUACCUGCCCAAAGCCACUAGUACAGUGUCAGUGCUUUUUCUUAGCACUGAUCACUGUAUUGGUGUCACUAGGGAUGUCAGUGACACCAAGUCAGUUCCCUCUAGUGUCAGAAUGCCCACUGCAGCUGAUCGCCGCUAUU